AUGGCGCCAGCAGCAGAAAAUGAAACGGCGACAGCUACGGUGCCGCCGCCAACAGACGCCGACGUCGAAGAUCAGCUCGACGCUGCGACAGAGACAACACCCGUCUUUCAAGAUGUGCAGUCCAAUGUACUACCGCAUAACAAGCUAAUGAUUGUGUUUCCGGUGCUUGCGCUCGCUCAGUUUACUGCGUACCUUGACCAGACGUCCAUUUCGGCUGCUGUACCGGCGAUCGGCCACGACUUGGCGCUGGGGCCCUCGCUCUCAUGGGUGGCCAGCAGCUACUUGCUGGCGACGACGUCGGUGCAGCUGAUCAAUGGGCGUCUCAGCGACAUCUUUGGGCGCAAACAGCUGCUUCUGUGCUCGCUGAUGGUGCUGGCUGCAGGUAAUCUCGCGGGAGGCUUUGCGCAGAAUGCGGGCAUGCUGUUUGUGUUUCGUGCCUUGAGCGGUCUUGGUGGAGGAGCCAUUACCGCCCUCGUACAAAUCAUCAUCAGCGACAUCACCACGCUGCAACAGCGUGGCAAGUACAACGGCUUUAUCGGCGUUGCUGUGGCGUGUGGUAGCGGCUUCGGACCGCUGCUUGGCGGUACCAUGACCAGCCGCAUCUCGUGGCGAUGGGCUCUGUGGUACGAUGUCCCAUGGCUAGUUGCCUUGGUUGCGCUGCUCUGGUAUGUGCUGCCUCCUAGCAGAGUGGGCGGCAAGCUGUCUACGAGACUGCGUCUAGUGGACUGGGCCGGGCUAGCGAUUAGCAUUGCUGCAGUGGUGCUUCUCAUGAUUCCACUGUCCAAGGGCGGCUCAACAUUUGCGUGGAACAGCUCCAUUGUCAUUUCGAUGCUUACGAUUGGCGCUGUGGCGCUGGUCCUGUUUGUGGCCGUCGAGUGGAAAUUCGCGGCCCUGCCGAUUAUGCCAUUGCAUCUGUACCGCUCCGACUACUCGUGCAACAUUGUCUUGGCGCAAAAUUUUGUCUACGGCAUCGUCUUCUGGGGCAAUCUCUUCUACGUCCCCGUGUACCUGGAGACGGUGCGCGGCUACUCGGCUAUUGCCGCGGGGGCCAUUAUGCUGCCCAUGGUCGCCACGCAAGGAAUUGGAUCCAUCCUGUCGGGGCUCAUCAUCACCAAGACGGGCCACUACAACCCCGUGAUGAUUGCCUCGCAGUUCCUGUGGGCAGCUGGAGCUGCCGCACAGGCCUUUUACUCAGCGACGACACCCGUGUGGGUGAUUUGCAUCGUGGGCUUCGUGCAAGGUCUAGGUACCGGCGGCUGCUUCCAGCCGAGUCUGGUAGCGCUGCUCUCGCACAGCCGGCGUGCUGACCGGGCCGUCUUGAGCUCGCUGCGCAACUUUCUACGGACGGCCGGCGGCACAGUCGGUCUAACAAUGGCGGGCGCGGUGCUCAACAACGUGCUCAAGGCGCGGCUUACCGGCGUGCUGCCAGCAGAGGCGAUUGAGCAGGCGGCGUCGGCGGCGUACGGGCUCGAGAACAUGGGCCUGACGCCGGGGCAGGUGGAGAUUGUGCUGGGGGCAUAUAUGCAGGGCAUCCGGAUAGUGUUUGUGGUGUAUGCGCCGUUGCUCGCGGCGUGUGCGGUGGCUGCGUGUCUCGUGCGGGAUGAGGGGUUGUCGGAGAAGGAUGCGCGCUCUGUGUCUCCAGCAUUAGCAGCAGCAGCAGCAGCAUCUGUGGGGGUAAAUCACGCCAGCAGCGAAGGCAUCGCCAUGACGGCAGCGGCGGUGGUAGUUGAGAAGCAGAUUCAGGCGACGGUAUCGCCACAGCCUUUACUAUUGCCGUCGGCAACGCCAUCCCGGCUUUAG